CCGACCGCUGCUCUCCCCGCCCGCUCCGGCCGCACGGACAGCACCGCUCCCGCCCCGCCGCCCCGGCCGGGAGCCCCUGACCCACCAUGACGUUCAAGCAAGCAUCCAUGAUGGCCCCGGAGGCCACGGCCAGCACGCUGCCCAUGAGCACCACGGAGAACUCCACUGAGGCCGCGGGGCCGGGCGAGAGCAAGGAGGACAUGUUCACCAAGCUGAGGGACAAGUUCAUGAAUGAGCUCAACAAGAUCCCCCUGCCACCCUGGGCCCUCAUCGCCAUCGCGGUGGUGGCUGGACUCCUCAUCCUCACCUGCUGCUUCUGCAUCUGCAAGAAGUGCUGCUGCAAGAAGAAGAAGAACAAGAAGGAGAAGGGCAAAGGCAUGAAGAAUGCCAUGAACAUGAAGGACAUGAAGUCAGGCAACCAGGACGACGAUGACGCAGAGACGGGCCUGACAGAGGGGGAAGGUGAGGAAGAGGAGAAGGAGCCGGAGAACCUGGGCAAGCUGCAGUUCUCACUGGACUACGAUUUCCAGGCAAACCAGCUCACAGUGGGGAUCCUCCAAGCUGCGGAACUGCCGGCUUUGGACAUGGGCGGCACCUCAGACCCCUACGUCAAGGUGUUCCUGCUCCCUGACAAGAAGAAGAAGUACGAGACCAAAGUGCAGAAGAAGACCCUCAACCCUGCCUUCAAUGAGACCUUCACCUUCAAGGUCCCCUACCAGGAGCUGGGUGGGAAGACGCUGGUGAUGGCCAUCUACGACUUCGAUCGCUUCUCCAAGCACGACAUCAUCGGUGAGGUGAAGGUGCCCAUGAACACAGUGGACCUGGGCCAGCCCAUCGAGGAGUGGCGGGACCUGCAGAGUGGCGAGAAGGAGGAGCCAGAGAAGCUGGGCGAUAUCUGCAUCUCCCUCCGGUACGUGCCCACGGCCGGGAAGCUCACUGUCUGCAUCCUGGAAGCCAAGAACCUGAAGAAGAUGGAUGUGGGGGGCCUCUCAGAUCCCUACGUGAAGAUCCACCUGCUGCAGAAUGGCAAGAGGUUGAAGAAGAAGAAGACCACAGUCAAGAAGAAGACCCUGAACCCUUACUUCAAUGAGUCCUUCAGCUUUGAGAUCCCCUUUGAGCAGAUACAGAAAGUGCAAGUGGUCAUCACAGUGCUGGACUACGACAAGCUGGGGAAGAACGAAGCCAUUGGCAAGAUUUUCACAGGCUUCAACUCCACCGGCACGGAGCUGCGGCACUGGUCUGACAUGCUGGCCAACCCCCGGCGGCCCAUUGCCCAGUGGCACUCGCUGAAGCCAGAGGAAGAAGUAGAUGCAGCUCUCGGGAAAAACAAAUAGGCAGCUCUGCCAGCCAGGCACUGCGGACAGUCGACCCAGAGCUACUGAUACCUCAGUUCUGCAACCUUCCUUUCGGUUUUUUGUUCUAAGCUGAAAUGCCCCUUGAUGCCUCUGGAAGGGUAUCCAGGCAGUCCCAAUAGCUUCCAGGGGAAGAGGUUAAAGACAUGGAUGGUUCUUUUUGUUCUUCAGCAUUGCUCCCUUCUGCUGCAUCUCCCAUUGCCUCUGCUCGCCAUCCCUUCCCGGUGCAAAGCCACCGGCACACUUGGGACCUGCCCCAGCAGCUGUGUCACCAGCCUGCAGCACUGCUGCUGCCCUCCUGCCCUUGGAAUCAUGUGGGGAACCGUGGAAUGGUGCAUGGAGGUGAUACUGGAGCCUGACAGUGUGAGAUGACCAGACCCACUGUGCUUGGUUGGGGCAUGACCAGCAGUGAGACAGAAAAACGGUGCAGAAGACCCUCUAAAGAGACCCAGGUGCCUCCCCCUGGUCCUCCCCAAGGAAGGCUGAGUGCCCCAGGCCAGCUCCAGAUUUGGGUUCUCUGAGGAGAGGCUUGCAGGGCCCAUGGAUCCCGCUGUGGUGGUGGGGUGCCAAGCCCUCAGUGUUGCAGCAGGAGCUGUGGAGGCCAGUCUGGGCACAGGGAGCCUCAGGAGGGCUGCUCCAAGGAGACACAGGGUGAAAUGUGGAUGCACCAGCAGCACCGUGUGGAUCACCACCACCACCAGCACCACCACCUCUGUUUUGUCCCCAGAGGAGCAGCGCUGGGUGAUUUGCAUCUGUGUCCCACCAUGCUUGGUGAAUCCUGUAGAUAAAGAUGCUUCCACAAGGCAGGUUUACAAUGAGAGGUCUCCAGAUGUGAUGGGGGCAGCCCCCCAGAGCGGUACCAGGUGUCCCCCCAGAGAUUGUCCAUCGCACGUCCCAGGGCUCAGCCCUGCCUUGGGCACCCCAGCCUGGGGUAGCUGAGGGGCCAUGGGGAGCUCCAGCUCCACCACCUGCUGCAGGUGGGGAUGGCAAGAGCAAGCCCAGGGCCAACAAGGGACCAAAGCCCCCAACCCCCAUGAGCUGCUACUCCCCACCAGGCCACUGGCUGUUGAACCCACCCCGUCCUGCUCGGGGUAUAAGCCAUAUCUGUGACCUCGACAGUGGCCAAGAGCUUCUCUGGGCCACUUCUCCCGCUGUCCCAGAAAAGCCCCUGAGCCAGAAAGCCAACACAGUUUUCUGCUGCUGGGAGAGGGUCCAGCAGCCCUGCCCAGUUCAGUCCAGUCUAUAUUGGAGCACUGAUGUUAACUCGUGUCCCUGUCCCAGCUCCAGCUCCACAGCAGCCUCACGCUCUGCUCCCUUUGGCUUCCCUGGACUCAGUGCUGGGGGUUCCAGCACUGCAGCAGCAAAGGGUAGAGCCCCAGGGAUGUGCUGGCACUGGGGAUGCUGCUCUGGGAGCUCAACACCAGGGCUGGGACCAUGGUGCAGGGUGUCCUGGGUCCAGGUACAAAGUGCCAAAACUGAGCUCAUCCCAGUGCUGUUGGAUGCUUUGGCAGCUCCCACAGCUCUGGCUUCCCAAAGGGCAUCCCGGCCCCCUCUGAAGGUGGAGAGAUGAUGGGAAACUUGGUGGCAGCCACACCUCAGGGGGUUCAAAUGGACACGGGGACCAGCCCCUGCCCCUGGAGGGUUGUGCAGCUCUGGGACAGGUCCCCAGGGCAGGACAUCUCCAUCCGUGGGAGGUUUGGGGCUUGGAUAGCCAAGCUGCAGUGUGGGAAGGGGAUGUUGGACAGGAACCUCUAAUGACCACCUCCACCACCACUGCGGCUGCACUUGGCCCAUGCCCUGGUGAAAGUGGGGCCACACUGAGUCUGCAGGGGUCACCCAGCCAGUGGUCCCUCAGGGCCAUCUCCAGCUUCAAUUAGUCCCUUUUCCUAAUGGAUGUGUCAGUGUCAACAGAUGCAGUCCUGCCCUGCCCCUGUAGCCAAAGGGAGAAGAAGUCUUUUAUGGGAUGCUUUUAAAAAUGGGGAGCUGGAGGGGGCCUGACACCCCAUGGUCAGGAGCAGUGGUAGGACUCAGUCUCAUUUUGGGGUCCAUCAAGGCACUGGAAGGGUGGGGGGGGGGGGGGGCAUCUGCCUUACAUGGAGUGGGUCAAAAGAGGAGGAAUUAGAAAGAGCACUGAAAUCCUCCUGCUUGCAGCCAGCGAGUGUGCAUGGCCCUGCAGCCUUCCCAGGGAAGCAGGUAGAGGUGUGCACAUCUGCACCCUGCACACCUGCAUCCUGAACACCUGCACACCUGCACCCUGAACAUCUGCACCCUGAACAUCUGCACCCUGCACCCCUGCACAUCUGCACCCUGCACACCUGCACAUCUGCACCCUGCACAUCUGCACCCUGCACACCUGCACAUUUGCACCUUGCACACCUGCACCCUGCACCCUGCACAUCUGCACACCUGCACCCUACACAUCUGCACAUCUGCACCCUACACAUCUGCACACCACACCUGCACACACCAGAUGCACCCCCUGCUGUGCUCUCCCCUCCGCGCCGCCCCCCCCCUUCGCCCCCCAGACCCGCCGGAUCGGCCGGGGUCCCUCCAGGAGUGGAGAUCCCACCUGGCUGCUUUCCAUUCAGACUCUUUAAGCCUUGGGGGAGGGGGAAGACUGUGACUUUAAUACAUAUUUUUUUUUUUUUAAUAAAAAAGGGAAAACCAACCAACAUACUGAAGCCAUCUGCGCUGCCUCUGACCCCCCCUUAGCUGUGUGUAGGUAAAAUAUAUGGAGACAUAGCUGUAUAUACCACGAGCAGUGCAUGCGAUGCAGCCACGUAGCAGUAGCAGCAUGGCCCCAGCCCGGCGGCGCUGCCACCGCCCCGGCACUGCCGUCCCCAUCUCCGGCCUCCCGCCAGGGAGGAGGCGGCGACCACCAAAACUCAUCGCUCGAGAGCUCUCCACCGCCCUGAUUUUUCUCCCCCCAAAUAAAAUGAAAAUCCCCAAUUAAAUCAUAUAAAAGAAGAAAAUAAUGCCAAGAAGCAAAGCAUGCCAAGCCCGGCCCGCCAGCGGAGGGUGAGCUGUCACCGACGCAGCCGUGGCGCCCAUGUGUGUCGUGUUCCUGUAUCUUGUCGCGUUUGUCCCAUGGCCGGGUAGCAGCAACAUCGUGGCUUCGGUGUCCUGUGUCGCGUUGGUGCAUUUCACCGUCAGAGCAACUUUAGAAGCCAUAUUAGAGCACGGUGCACCGGGACCCCACGGGGACAGGCCCACGGUGAGCCGUGACCCCCUUCCCCCCAUGUGUCCACGUCCCCCCUGGUUUCGUGGGGCUCGGGUUGCCAGGAGCCGCACUGGCCACCGCCUCGGUGGCCUUGGGUGCCGCUGUAACGCCGGGCGAGGGGACGGGACAACGCUGGGCGCAGAUGCUGGGGUCGACUUGCCGGUGGUGAAAAGGCUUUUUGGAGCAAUUUGGGUUAUUUCUGCCAUGUCCAGUCGGUGGUUUCUGUUUCGGGGACGAGAGCUGGCAUUCUCCUCUCCUGGAGGCACCCAGCUGUGCCACAGGGAUGCUCCCGGGGUUAAAAGGAAGUGAAUCCACGAGUCUUGGCAACAGGCUCUGGUUCCUUGUCCUUUUUUCUCCCGAGCUGGGAGGGAGGAGCCAGCUCCUUUGGGAGUCGCAGGUUCGGCGAUUCCUGGACCCUCAGUGCCGGCCCCGCUCUGCCCCGUCCCAGCCCCGCAGCGCUCGGCUCCGGCGGAAGCUGCUUUUAAUGCCCCUUCCCCUCGUGUGGACUCUGUCGUUCCGUCUCUGAUCGUUUGAUGGUUAUUUUGUAAUGAUCUCCGUCUCCUUAUUAAAGAAACGAGCUGAAAGGA